AUGUUUCAGUCAUCUUAUCGAGGACGCCGGCGGCGCAUCACCGGCCGCUCCCUGGGAGUUUUUCGAGCAAUUAUCAUUGUCAUGUGGUUCAUAUUCUGUAGCAGUGCUGUUUGCGAGCUCAAGAUGUUGGUCUGGUUUGCAGCUUACCCUCAUAAUAGCCGCCGCUUGAACGUUUACAUUAGCGGCACGUCUAAAUACAAAGCCCGUUUGUCGCUUCCGCCUGUGGGAUGGUUCGCAGAACGGCUGGCCCUGCAUGGCAUUGCACAGCCGAGUACACAUGGGCACCCUCGCCAGUUCAUCGAGGUGCUCGGCAUUUUGGAGCUGUCGUUCGAAACGAGCUGGUUUGGCCCUUUGACACGUCUGUCGCCCGAGGAGGCGUUGUUCCAUUCUUAUUAUCAUUAUGCAGAUGAUCUGUACACCCUGCGCAUCGUGCGCGUUCACAUGUUGCAAGUGCCAAGGUUAUUUCGAGACAUCCGGGCGGAGCCAGUUAAUUUGCGCAGCGUGGCCGGCCUUGGUGAUAGCGCGGGGGACUGGCUGCUCCAGGGAGGCGGUUCCGUUCGUCAGUUGUGCGCGGACCUCGACGGCGAAUUGGGAUCAAAUCGGGCUCAUUGGAAUCCAGCGUCACCCCUUAGAGGACGCUAA